UGUCCGGUUGCUUGUCACGCAGGGGAUCUCAUCUUCAGCCGUCUGCAGAUUCCACAGGAUGAUCGCGAUAAGCAUAGCAACCGACGAUUUUUUUACAGAUAAAAUCUCGGUGAAUUAUUCUGAAUUCUGAAGUGGUCCCUGACUUGGCGGCGCGGGCCCGGUUACCAGUGAUAGCGUCCCGUCUGGCCUCGUCGCCGCGCAGGGAGCAGUUGUACUGAGCUGCCGGCGCAACCGCCCCCACCGCUGCCCCCGGACAGAGAGGGAGAGGAGGAGGAGAGGGAGGCGAUGGCGAUGAAGACGGCGAGGAAGGCGGCGUGGGUGCUGGUGGUCUGGGCGCUGGCGGCCGCCGGCCUGGGCUCCGUCUCCGCGCGCGCGCCGCUGGGCCGCGAGGCGCAGCGCGAGUUCGACUACUUCAAGCUCUCCCUGCAGUGGCCCGGCACCAUCUGCGCCUCCACCCGCUACUGCUGCGCCAGCAACGGCUGCUGCCGCUCGGAGCCGCUCCAGACGUUCACGAUCCAUGGUCUGUGGCCGGACUACGACGACGGGACCUGGCCGGCGUGCUGCCGCCGCACCCAGUUCGAGAUGGACAAGAUAUUGCCAUUGAAGGAGACGCUUGACAAGUACUGGCCGUCCUUGUUCUGCUCCUCCUCUUCGACUUGCUUCAGCGGCAAAGGACCCUUCUGGGCUCACGAGUGGGAGAAGCAUGGAACGUGCUCUGCCCCGGUGGUUCAGGAUGAAUUACAAUAUUUCACCACUGCCCUUGACCUCUACUUCAAAUAUAACGUUACGGAAAUGCUGUCAAGUGGAGGUAUACAGAUUUCAAAUGGUAAGGAAUACGCACUGAGCGAUGUCAUCGAUACCAUCAAACAUGCUUUUGGGGGAUCACCACAAAUUGUUUGCAAGAGGGGCUCAGUUGAAGAACUCAGGUUAUGCUUCGACAAAGAACUGAAACCUCGUGAUUGUCUUACUACUUUGACAAAUGGAAUUGUGUCAAGAAGAAAGCAUUGCCCGCAGUACAUCACCCUGCCAACAUAUGAUCCCCUUGUGCUAGCCAAUUCAACUAGAGAGAUCAUGACACAGUUCAACGACUUCGAGGUGCCUGCAGCUCUUUACACAUCCUAAGAUGCAAUUGUUGCAGCCGAGUAUUCCAUGGCUGGGACAAAACAAAUGUCUUUAGGGCCAUGGACGCAUCUCUUGCGCAAUUAUGAUAGCAAAAGGUGGUCGAGGGAGAUCCAGGGAAAUUAACGUCUGGGAUAUUCGAUCAUUAGUACACUUGAAAGAGAACUGUACUCUUUAAAGAGAAUCGUACCUUUUCAGUCUGGAAAUUUACCGGUUUUAUGUAACCUUGAAGUUCGGAUAUAUGUCAUUGUAUAUACACAUUCAGUAGCUGGACGGUGUCGUUGUUCUUGGUUUCUGGUGCCAGGUUUCAAUGUUCAAACAAUCAGUGUUGAUUUCAGCGCA